CUCCCUCCCUCCCCAUCUAUCAUCUGCCUACGUAUCUACUUACCUACCUAUACCCACCUAUCCUCUACCUACUUACCUAUCUACCUUCCUAUCUUCCUGUUUGUCUAUCUGUUUGUUUGCCUGGGUAGCCUUGCUACCACCAGUGAUGUGUGGUCUAAAGGGUGAGUUGACAGCAGGGCCCACCCUCUCAUAUGAGGCCCUCAGGGCACAAUAUGACAUUUUAAGGACCAUAGGCCAGGGAAGCUAUGCCCAAGUGAAGCUGGCCCAUCACCGGCUCACAGGCACAGCCGUGGCGAUAAAAGUCCUGCUGAAGGAGGAAAUGCAGUACUGCCUGAUUAGGUCGGAAGUGGGGAUAAUGAAGAGGCUGAACCAUCCCAACAUCAUUUCACUGCACCAGGUCAUUGAAACCGAACAGAACGUCUUUUUGAUCCUGGAACUGGCUGAUGGACGUGAGCUAUUUGACUGGAUUGAGCAAUCUGGCUACCUGCAUGAGGGCCUGGCCCGGAAAAUAUUCAGUCAGAUUGUACAUGCCAUGUGCUACUGCCAUGACAUAGGUAUAGUUCACAGAGACCUCAAACCCGAUAACAUCAUGGUGGAUGCCACAGGCAAAGUCAAAAUCAUAGACUUUGGGCUGGGUGCCUUAGUAGAGCCUGGAAUGAAGCUUUCUAGAUUUUGUGGUGCCUUACGAUUUUGUGCCCCAGAGUUCUUCCUGGACCAACCAUAUGACGGCACUAAAGUGGACACAUGGAACUUAGGUGUCCUUCUGUAUUUUAUGGUGACCGGGACCCUGCCUUUUAAAGGUACCACCUAUAAAGAGCUUGAAAGCCAGGUCUUGCUAGGACGAUAUGCUAUUCCCUCUCACCUCUCAAAAGAGUUACGAGAGAUUAUCCGAUACUUACUAACUGUAAACCCUACAGCGAGACCAACACUGAAGGACAUUACGGUGCAUCCUUGGCUUAGGCAAAGAAAUGCAAGUUCAUCAAGCCACUCUCAUAAGAUGGACCCUAGUCACCCAGACCCUGCAAUCAUGGCAGCCAUGGCAGAUAUGGGGUUUGACCCACGUGACGUCCAGAAAUCUUUACUCGAUAAGUUGUAUAAUGAACCCAUGGCAAUUUAUGGCCUACUGCAAUGCCAAGCACGCCAGCAGGAUGACUACACAAGCCAACUUGAGCCAGUGGAACCAGGAGUAACACCUUUCCCCACUCUCACAGAUCCUACCACCUUCCCUUGCUACCAAAAGAGGACAACCAAUACUCCAGCCAUUCGAGUCUUUUAUUCAUUAAGCUCAAAAACUGACUCUUCUGAGGAUAAAGAGCAGGUAGGGCAGAGGCUAAGAAGAAGUGCCACUGUGCCUGCAAUGCUGCCCCACUAUCAACAGAAGAGGAUAUCCACUUUGUAUGAGGACAGAGUCUGCACAGGGACACAGCACAAUGGGACUAUGGCCUCAAUCCGAAGUGCAUACAGGAGCUGGAAGAGGUGGACAAGGAGGAUUGGGGCCAGUUUAUUACAGCUCUGCUGUUGUGUGCCAACCAAGAAGAUAAGAGUGGUGCCCCAAAGGGAGGCAUAGCGGGAAAGACAGGAAGCCAAAGGCCAGCCAAAGUUUCUGAGGUCCUGUGAAUUAUGGGGGUGAAUUAUAUGAAUUGUUGGGGAUCAUUUAUUGAGUGGACUCAAGGCGCUGCUGAGAGGGACCCAUGCAGAAAGUCCAGAGGCCUGGGAAAAUCCAGGAGAGAGACAGCCAAUGGCUCAGGAGUCUUUGUGUAGACAUAGGCAAGACAUCAGCCUUCCAAAGCAUCCAGGAUAAUGGCCUGAAAGUAAGCUCAAAGACAGAUGUCCUUCUGCCUGCCAAGUAUCUUGUUGGACUGGGGCAUAUUCCUACAUUGCUCUUCUUGAUGCUGUACUUAUGGGGUAUAUUAUAGUGGUUCUUGAAUCUACUUUCACUCUUUUACAUUCAAAUUUAUCAUAAAGACUGCACACUAAUCUUAGAAUAAAGUCAAUAUCAUUUAAUUAUA